AUGGGACUACUCAAAAAUAUUAGGAAUAAAUUGUUUCCAAAUUAUUCUAGGCUUGAUGAAUCAAAUGAAAAUGAGCAACAAAAAGAUCAACCAAGUUCUAUAGAAAUAGAAAAUAGUAUAGAUAGUGAAAGUAGUAGUAGUAGUAAAAAAAAUAAUCUAAAUAGCAGCAGUAGUAGUAGUGGUAUUACAGGAAAGAAAGAAUCAGAUAUCGAUUACAAUGAGUAUUACGAUAGAAAUAGAUACAAUGAUCCAUCGCCAGAGCAACAUGCGAAUAUAUUUUCGCGAAUUUCAUUUUGGUGGGUGCGACCCACUCUGAAGCGUGGUUACCGCAAGCCAUUGGAAUUAACGGAUAUCCCAGAGCAAGUCGAUAGCAUCAAGUGUGCACAAUCCGUUCCACUGAUGGAGGGAAUCGAUUUCACAGCGAAAUAUCCACUCAUCAAACAUAUAUACUUGAAUUACUCUACACGGUACAAGAUUAUUGCACUGCUAAAGUUUUUAUCUAUUGCCGCUUCUAUUAUUACACCUUUACUAUUAAGAACAUUUGUUUUAUUUAUAAAUGGAGAAACAGAUUUACCAAGUUAUUUUGGAUGGUUGCUUUGUAUUGCAUUGUUUUUUUCGAGUUGUGUACAAUCGAUGGGAUUGCAACAGGGUUAUUGGUAUGGUCUGAAGAUGUGUCUUGAGAUGAAAGGUGCAUUGAUGUCAACCAUCUUUCGUAAGAUGUUGAAACUUAGCAACUCCUCAAAGAGAAAAUAUACUGGAAAGAUCAUGAAUUUGAUUUCAGUAGAUGUUGAAAACUUCCAGGAGUAUUUCUGGAAUUCACAUGUGGACAUUAUUGUAUAUCCACUUCAAAUUGUUUUAUUGUUGAUUUUGUUGUGUAUGAUGUUGGGACCGUCGGGAUUGGCCGGUUUCGUUGUUAUGGGACUUUCUGUGCCGUGUUCGACUCUGUUUAUCACUAAAGCCAAUAACUACUUCCUCAGUACUCUUCAAUUCUCGGAUCAACGAGUUCGUUUGAUCAGUGAGUUCAUCUGUGGUAUCAGAUUCCUAAAGUUGUACAACUGGGAGAAUUCGUUUGUCAAUCGUAUCACUGACCAGCGUAACUACCAGCUGAAUACCAACAAAAAGAAGUUGUUUUUCUGGGCAAUGGAUCAAGCCAACAAUGCCAUGCUCAAUGGUGUCGUACUGUUGGUUACCUUUAGUUUCUAUACGCUCUUGGGAAAUCAACUGGAUGCCUCAACAGCGUUCACUGCCAUCUCAAUCUUUGUUUCGUUGCGUAAUCCAACACAGUUUGCACCGGAAUCUAUUCAGAAGUUCUUGCGUGUUUCAUCGAGUGCUCGUCGUAUCGAAGAGUAUCUGCAAGCCAAUGAGAUUUCGUUGAAUAGCCAGAACUUAACUAGUUCAUCGCCAUCCGGUUCACCAACUUUGUUCAACUCUUCUGGAGGAGUAGGAGUAGGUGGAACUCAGGAGAUUAGAAUUGUCAAUGGUGAGUUCAAUUGGGACGAUUCUUUUGCUUCGGAUUUUGUGGAUAGCGACGGUGCUAAAUCACCAAGCAAACAAGCCAGAUCUAAAAUAUUGCAAACCGAAGAGUCUGGUGCCGAUGCCGAUGAUUCUGGAUUGCUCAGAGUCGACUCUUCGCUUGGAAUCGAAAUGGAGGAGAUCAGCAAUUCCGUGUUGACCAACGUCAAUUUCGUUGCGCCCAAAGGAAAGUUGACUGUCAUCGUUGGUAGAGUCGGUUGUGGUAAGACAAGUUUGAUAUCUGCAAUUCUUGGUGAGAUUAGUCGUGUCGCUGGAACUGUCAGUGCACCAAAGAAUCUUGGAUACACUCCUCAGAUGCCAUGGCUCAUUUCCGGUACUUUCAGAGACAACAUUACAUUCGGACAGCCAUUCGAUAUGGAUCGCUAUAUCAAAGUUAUUCAAGCUUGUUGUCUGAAACAGGAUCUUGCAAUGUUUCCCGCUAAGGAUAUGACAGAGAUUGGUGAGCACGGUAUCAAUUUGUCGGGUGGACAACGUCAACGUAUUUCAUUGGCUCGUUGUCUCUACUCGAAUGCCGAUGCCUACGUUAUGGAUGAACCACUCUCUGCUGUCGAUGCAGAGGUAGGAAAACAUCUGUUUGAUCAUUGCAUUCAAGAGAUGAUGGGUGACAAGACAAGAGUGUUGGUGACACAUCAGUUGCAAUUCAUUCCAUCGGCAGAUCACAUCGUGGUGAUUGAAAAUGGUAAUCUCAUCCAAGGAACCUAUCAAGAGUUGAGCGCCAAAGGUAUCGAUUUCGAAUCGAUUAUGAAGACAAAACAAUUGGAUUUGGAGGAGGAAGAAGGUCAACAACCACAACAACCAACAUCGAGCAGCGCACCAGCAGUAGUCGUUGAGAAUCCACUCAACAAAUCAACAGUGGAACUAGAGAAUAACCAAUGUAUAGUUAUGGAUGCAAAUGAAAGCGACCCAAUCAUACAAAAAGGAAAGCUUUUUGUUGUCGAAGAAAGAGGAAAAGGUGCAAUCGGCAGCUCCACCUAUAUUCCAUAUUUCAAAUCUGGAGGAUCCACUCUAUUCUAUGUCACUAUUAUCUUACUCUAUUUCUUCUCGCAACUUAUCAUGCAAUCGUCGGACUAUUGGUUGGUCAUAUGGACAGGAGCAAAGAUUCAGCCCGAUCCUGGUAACAAGUUCUAUCUGCUAAUCUACGGAGCAUUCGUUGGUACAUUUGUUUUGCUCUUAGUUUGUAGACUCUUGGGUAUUUCAAAUCUAUGCUGGACAGCCUCCAAGAGAAUACAUCAACGUCUUGUUGGUUCAGUGUUUUUCUCACCGACCUCUUUCUUUGAUCAGAAUCCAUCCGGUCGUAUUCUAAAUCGUUUCUCCAAGGAUACUUCAGAUAUCGAUAAUAAUCUAUUGGAAUCGAUCAACGAUGUACUCAAUUGUGGUUCCAGUGUGUUGGUAUCGAUUAUCCUGAUGAUCUACUUGACACCUUACAUCAUAUUUGCUUUCGUCGGUUUGGUUGGAUUCUAUUACUACAUUCAGAAGUUCUAUCGUUGUUCCAGUCGUGAGCUGAAGCGUAUGGAAUCGAUCUCUAGAUCACCUAUCUUUGGAAGUCUGGGAGAAUCAUUCACAGGUUUAGUGUCAAUCCGUAUCUUUAAGCAACAGGAACGUUUCAUCGAUUUGUUUGACCAACAUAUCAACUUGAAUCAGCGUCUAUUCUACCACAGUUUCUCAGUGAAUAGAUGGUUGGGUAUGCACCUUGAGUUACUGACCUCUCUGAUGGUAGUAUCUGCAUCGGUUUUCUCACUGAUCUCCGCUUCCAAAUCACCUGGUGUCGCCGGUAUGGCAGUGUCAUCCGCAAUCUCGGUCACCGGUAUCUUGAAUUGGGCAAUUCGUCAAUUCACAGAGUUGGAGGUAAAGAUGAAUUCAGUGGAGCGUGUCAUGGAGUAUAUCAACUCGCCAAACGAGGGUGACAGAAUCAUCGAGGAUCACAGACCACCUGAAGACUGGCCAACCAAAGGUGAGAUUAAAUUUAGAAAUGUCGAGGUUCGCUAUCGUCCACACAUGGAUCCAAGUCUGCGUGAAUUGAAUUGCACUGUCAAUGCAGGUGAGAAAAUAGGUAUUGUUGGACGUACGGGUGCUGGUAAAUCGACUAUUGGACUCUCGCUGUUCCGUAUGGCGACAGUUACAAAGGGAUCGAUCAUCAUCGAUGGAAUCGAUAUCGAGUCGAUCGGACUCGAUGAUCUACGUGGUCGUCUGGCGGUAAUCCCUCAGGAUCCAUUCAUUUUCUCGGGAUCCAUUCGUAUGAACCUCGAUCCAUUCAAUCAACAUAGCGACCCGGAUAUUUGGACAGCGUUGGAAGCAGUACAUAUUAAACCUGUCGUCGAAGCAUUCCCUCUCAAGUUGGAGUACGAACUGGAUCAAGGUGGCGAUGGACUUUCAAUUGGACAAAAACAAUUGUUGUGUCUGGCUAGAGCACUACUCAGCAAAUCACCUAUUGUGCUAAUGGACGAAGCAACUGCAUCACUAGAUUACGAAACCGAUGCCAUCAUCAAAGAAACCAUUAGAACCAACUUUGCCAACAGAACUGUCCUCACCAUUGCACAUAGACUCGACACUAUCAUCGAUAGUGAUAAGGUUAUGGUCGUGGAUAAAGGAAGAUUGAUAGAAUAUGAUAGUCCAAAAGCAUUGAUCUCUACAAACUCUAGGUUCAGACAGUUGGUCGAUGCACAAUCAACAUUCCUUUAUUCAAACUUCAAAAAUCAAGUAGAGAACUUGGAUUAA